ACCGGGCAGUCACUUCAACACAAAGUCUUCGGCAAUGGCGUGCUCCUGUGAAAUCAGAGUGCUUUGUCUAGUAAUGUUCUGGCUGGCCAGCAGCUACUCAGCAUUUGCAAGUGGUCCAAUGCUUGGUUCCUCUUGCGAAACUCAAGAAAACUGCUCAGACAUUGCCAACUCCACCUGCAUUAAUUCCACAUGCGCCUGUGUCCAGAAUUUCGUGCCUGGUAACCAAAACAGGUCUUGCCUCCCAGUGGCCAGAGACCUGGGCUCCAGGUGCAAUGAGAGCGUCCAGUGCUCCACGACGCUGGGAUCGCUGGUUGGCUGCUUCGAAAAUGAAUGCAGUUGCGUGGAGGACUCGGUGGAAGUUGACGAAAAAUGUAGCGAGAAGAAAAAUAUCAAGGAGAUCUGUAAAGUCAAAGAGGAAUGUCGUGCCAAUAACACGGACUGUAUAGACAGCAUAUGUAGCUGUAUCAAAGGAUAUGAAGCUGUUGGCGACUUGACAGAAUGUACGCCCAUCUCAGACAAGGACGGAGACCUGUCAACAAGCAAAGUCCCCAAAGGUGAGCAGAAAUCUAAUUGUGCUCAUGGAAACUGCACAAAAUCCGAAACCACCAAACGUGCAGACGACAUCAAUCAGCUCCCUAAAAACACGACAAAGACAAGAACAGGAAAGCCGAAAGGAAACGGGGCUGGAGUCAACACAGUCUUAUCACUCGCGUGCGUUCUUGGUACCUGGAUCUUUCAUCUGCUAGUCUGAGAUAAACAAGACAACGAAGAAUUGAACAUUCAGACAUGCAGACGUCAUUAGACAUGGGACUGCAACAUUCAUCUUGAACGAUUUUACAUCUGUGAAGGACUGUUUUAAAUUUAAGCUUAAAGCGUAACUAAGAUAUAUUUAAGAAUUAUUUUUUAAUUUCAAAUAAAACACAUCCCCAUUAUCAUUACAUGGCUUAACCUGUUUAAUAAACUACUCGUAGUUUCUUACAAAAAUCACACGAAAACAACCUCAAAUUCCACACACAGAUCUGGAAGUCGGAUCUUCACCAUCAGCCAAGUACAAGAAGAGAAAUGAGUUCAACAAAAUUUAUACAGACCUUGAGCCUCGAACCUACCUACGACUUUAUAAGACGCCAAAGCCCAGAAGAAGAAGAAGAAGAAGAAAUUUAGACACCAUUUUGUAAUAUCUGAGGUCCAACAACUAGGUAGAUAUAAACGUUUCGGUGGAACAUACUGCCUCUAUCUUCAGGGCUUCAGAUAAAGCGACUGUAACAAGGAAGAUAGCUGUAAGAAAGUGAAGUACGUGGCAUCUGUUAAGAAUCUGUGCCAGUGUUAAAAUCUCGGUCCGGACACCGGCUAUAUUGAGGUUGUUGAGAUUUCUGGUUCUCAUGACGACGAGUAAUCAUAUGAAGUUUAAUAAAUUAAAAAUCACCCUCCAAAA